AUGUUGAGUACGAAAUAUUUGCUGAAGAUACGUGUGAAUCAAAUAAGAUUUGCAAGUUUUCAGGUUCCUAAGUCUUAUGUACCUAGCCAGCUAAUCAGAAAUAUACCUUUUAAACAGGCUCUAUCCAUAUGGUACCAGUCAUUGAAACCAGGGAGAUUACAAAUUUUACAAGAUGAGCUUACUGAAUUGAUGCUACCAACUGAAAUGAACUCUCAUUUAAUCAAAGAAAAUAAGAAGGUGAAAAUCGACGAUAACGGAAAUUAUUUAAAUGAACUUUAUUUUGAAAUAAAUAACAAUUCAAACAAACCAACUAAGCAUGUUGUAUUCAUACAUGGUUAUGGUGCGUCUUUGGGAUGCUUUGCCAGAAAUUAUCAAAUCAUUAAUAGAUUGCAAGAUCGGAGAUACAAUUACAAAGUCCAUUUCUUGGAUAACAUUUCCUUCGGAUUGUCAUCGAACCCAAAAAUUGCAUCAUCUCUCAUUAAUGGAAGAAUACCAACAUGUCCAUCAGUUAAGAUGAAUGAUCCUGAACCUACUACCAAGGAAAAUGUGUACAAUAAGUAUUAUAAAUUAAUUGAAUCGUACGAAAUUAAUAAAGAAGAAUUCAAAGAAUACCAAGAUAAAUUUAUUCCUAUUCUAAAUGAAAUGGAGAAGUAUUAUAUUGAAGCAAUUGAAAAGUGGCGUAUUGAGUCCAAAAUCGAGAAAAUUGAUUAUUUGGUUGGUCAUUCUUUUGGCGGUUAUUGGACAAGUUCUUAUGCUGUAAAAUAUCUGCAAAAUUUGUCAAAUUUGAUAUUAUUGUCACCUGUUGGGGUAGAAAGACACGUACAUGCUGUCACAAAUCCUAUCGAUGAAAUUAAGACUCAACCUAUCAAACCAAGCAUAGAUCCAACAUCUUACAAUUUUUUAACUCGUAUGCCAAUGAUUACAGGAAAGCAUAUAAUAAACUGGUAUACUGUAUUACCUUACUUACCAAAGUUACUCAGAUGGCUAGGACCUUGGGGAGUUACCAGAUAUUAUAAAGAGAGGUAUGGUAAGCUUUUCAAGGUUAAUAAGGUGACAUCCCAACUUGGCGGAGCUUCAGGAGUCUUUCAGCAUGAAAACGACCUUAUUAUUGGAACCAAUGAAGAGUGUUACUUGUUAUUUGAAUACCUUUAUAACUCUACAACCAUAGGGUCGCAGUCUGACAUUUAUAUCAAAUAUUUAUUAACGCCUUGCACUGUCAGUAAGUGGCCUCUUUUUGAUAAGUUUACGAACUUUUUCAAUAAUUCACCGAACUCGAAAUUCAAAAUUCAUUUGGUUUAUGGGGAAUAUGAUUUUAUGAAUUCCGAAGCAGGGUUAAAAUUAACCGAGCAAAUUAAUCGUCUAUGCGAAGAUCAAAUUGCAGAUUUUCAUAAAAUUCCACAGGGUGGGCAUAACAUGUACCUAGACAAUCCAUUUGAUACCAACAAAACAAUUGAAAAUAUCAUUCAAAAGCAAGAUAAUCUUUAG